CACCUAUCUUCUUUCUUCUUCUUCUUCUUCUCUUAAUUUAAUGGUGUCCUCUUUUUCUUCCGGUUCACAUUCAAUUUUCCCGCUCUGAUGCUGGCGUGAGAUGGCAUCGCCGAGUUUGACUCUUCUUUGACUCCUCUUCGCUGGCUGGUUCUGUCGCUCUGGUAUCUGCUGUGCUGGCUGUUUAGAUAGUUCUGUCGUGUCUGGGAAGCGGUGUUGGCUUGUUGCGAGCCACGGCUUUGCAGCCUUUUCCACUGCCGCGGCUCCUUUUCAGUGACUUUGGAGGGUUUCGGUCGGUGUAAGCGGCGGAGGAGGAGAGAGGUGGAAGACGACGGAGCGAUGAAUGCCAGAGUCCGGACAGCGUCGCACGAUAAAGAAAUGGAGGAGGAGAAGAAGCCCGAGCUGCAGGGGAACAGAAAGGAAGGAUUCAGCAGAUGCCAGUCUAGAAGACAAAAGAAGAUCGCUUUACAACAAGAUGUUGACAAGCUAAUGAAGAAGCUUAGACAAGAAGAGAACAUCCACAGAGCUUUGGAGAGGGCUUUCACCAGACCCUCGGGCGCACUUCCCCGACUUCCUCCAUAUCUCCCUUCACAUACACUUGAGCUUCUGGCCGAAGUAGCAGUCUUGGAAGAAGAAGUGGCUCGUCUUGAAGAACAGGUAGUGAAGUUUCGGCAAGGCCUUUAUCAGGAAGCUAUCUGCAUCUCAUCCUCCAAGCAAUCCAAGGAAGGUGAAUCAAAUUUGUGCUUGGAUGGUCGCCUCUUCGAAUGCUCCAAAACCAGCAAACCUUCAGGCAUGGAACGAUUUGGGCUUUCCUUCGACCACUCUGCAAACAUAAAAAACACACCGGAAAAACAGAGAUUUCCUUUAGCCUUUCAUGAAGAUAAGCGAGGCAAAGAGAAUCAAUGGAUCACUAACUUUAGUAGGAACAGCAAGAGAUCUCCGGUAAAGCAUGCUGAUGCACAGACAGAAUGUGCAGUGACUGAUAGAGAGAGAGACUAUGCUUCGGAUGAAGUGAUUCCAAACAAAUUAUCCGAGGAUAUCGUGAAGUGCCUGAUGAACAUUUUCUUGCGGAUGAGUUCAAAGAAGAUAGAAGAUGGCAUGGAGACAUCUCCUUCGACUUCAGCUUCUUGUGAAAGAUCUGUAGAGGCGGAUUUCCAAGAUCCUUAUGGUAUCUGUGCGGAAUUCGGGAAAAGGGACAUCGGUCCAUAUAAGAACUUUCGAUCGAUUGAAGUGAGUUGGAACCAUCAAAACCUUACGGCUUCAGCAUCUCUCAAGCGCAGGCUAAAAGUUUUACUCAGAAAGCUUGAAUCGGUUGACCUAUCAGAGCUCACACACCAGCAGAAGCUUGCUUUCUGGAUCAACAUCUAUAACUCAUGCAUGAUGAAUGCAUUUCUUGAGCAAGGCAUACCGACAAAUCCUGAGAUGAUUGCUGCAUCGAUGUCAAAAGCAGUGAUAAAUGUGGGUGGCCACUUCCUCAGUGCAAUUACCAUAGAGCAUAUCAUAUUGAGGUUUCCAUAUUACUGGAAGAAUGUCUCUCCUAAAGAACCAAAAAAUGGUGCCAUGCCAAUAAGAGGCAUCUUUGGAUUGGAGUGGUGGGAACCUCUGGUUACCUUUGCUCUCUCAUGUGGCAGUUGGUCAUCCCCUGCUGUGAGAGUAUACACAGCAGCACAAGUGGAGAAUGAGUUGGAAACAGCCAAAAGGGAUUAUUUGCAAGCAGCUGUUGGUAUAUCCACACCAAACAAGUUGGCAAUUCCUAAGCUGCUUGAUUGGUACCUACUUGAUUUUGCCAAGGAUGUGUGGUCACUAAUGGACUGGAUCUGCUUGCAGCUACCAAGUGAGUUGAGGAGUGAAGCAGCUAAAUGCCUUGAGAUGGACAGGAGGAUUGUUCCACUGGCAAUUCAAGUUCUGAGAUAUGAAUUCAGAUUCAGGUACAUUUUGGCCCCAUAAACAACUCUCUCUCUCUCUCUCUCUCUCUCUCUGAAGUUUCAGGGUUUGACUGUACAUACACAUGUGCAAGGGGAAAAAGAAAAGGAUGAAUAAGUCUUCAAAUAA